GAGACACACACCCAGGAGGAGGAUGAGGUACGGAGGAGGCGUGGCCCUCGUGUGACGUCAUACAGAUAUAAAAGGAUGCAGGUGAGGAUACGGUCUUUUCGACGGGAAGACGACUCACAUCCCAUACCUCCAUUUUUGCAGUAAACCAAACAUGGGAAAGGAAAAGAGCCACAUCAGCAUCGUGGUCAUUGGCCAUGUCGACUCCGGCAAGUCCACCACCACCGGCCACCUGAUCUACAAGUGCGGAGGAAUCGACAAGAGGACCAUCGAGAAGUUCGAGAAGGAAGCCGCCGAGAUGGGCAAGGGCUCCUUCAAGUACGCCUGGGUGCUGGACAAACUGAAGGCCGAGCGCGAGCGGGGCAUCACCAUUGACAUUGCUCUGUGGAAGUUUGAGACUGAAAAGUACAGCGUGACCAUCAUCGAUGCCCCCGGACACAGGGACUUCAUCAAGAACAUGAUCACUGGUACCUCUCAGGCUGACUGUGCUGUGCUGAUCGUUGCUGCUGGUGUUGGUGAGUUUGAGGCUGGUAUCUCCUCGAAUGGCCAGACCCGUGAGCACGCCCUGCUGGCCUUCACCCUCGGUGUGAAGCAGCUCAUCGUCGGUGUCAACAAGAUGGACAGCACAAGUCCUCCUUUCUGCCACAACCGUUUUGAAAAUGUCCGGACGGAAAUAGGCAAGUACAUAAAGAAGAUCGGGUACAACCCUGAGGCUGUUCCUUUCAUCCCUAUUUCUGGGUUUCAUGGAGACAACAUGCUAGAGCCCAGUAACAAGAUGCCCUGGUUUGAGGGAUGGAAGGUUAAGCACAAGGAGGGGGCUGCCACUGGAGUAACACUCUACGAGGCUCUGGAUGCCAUCCUGCCACCUGCCCGCCCAACCAACAAGCCCCUCCGUCUGCCCCUGCAGGACGUCUACAAAAUUGGCGGUAUUGGAACUGUCCCCGUCGGCCGCGUUGAGACCGGUAUCCUGAAGCCGAACAUGGUCGUCACCUUUGCUCCCCCCAACGUGACCACUGAGGUGAAGUCUGUGGAGAUGCACCACGAGGCUCUGUCUGAGGCUCUCCCCGGUGACAACGUCGGCUUCAACAUCAAGAACGUGUCGAUCAAGGAUAUCCGCCGAGGAAACGUGGCUGGCGACAACAAGAAUGACCCUCCCAUGGCGGUUGAGGACUUCACUGCUCAGGUCAUCAUCAUGAACCACCCCGGCCAGAUCCAUCAGGGAUACACCCCUGUGCUGGACUGCCACACUGCUCACAUUGCCUGCAAAUUCAAGGAACUCGUGGCAAAGGUUGACCGUCGCUCUGCUAAGAAGCUCGAAGAUAACCCCAAGUUUCUCAAGUCUGGAGAUGCCGGCAACAUCCUCAUAGUGCCUUCAAAACCCUUGUGUGUUGAGAGCUUCUCUGAAUAUCCCCCACUAGGACGCUUUGCUGUGCGUGACAUGAAGCAGACUGUGGCCGUUGGUGUCAUCAAGGCUGUCACAAAGAAGGCCCCCACCUCUGGAAAGGUCACCAAGUCUGCACAGAAGUGUGAAGGCAAGAAGAAAUGAUUUUUUUUAAUUCUAACAAAAAACAACAAUAAUUGAGAUAAUAAGGUCCAAACCAAAACAAUAAAAAGAAUCUUAAAUAUA